CUGGCUCGGGGGUCGGCGCGCUGACUGGGCGCGCAGGCUCCGCGGUGCGGACCCGGGGAGGAGGCGCGGUCCCGGGGAGGCGGCCUUGCCCGGGACUCCGUUUUCUCCCGCAAAGUUCCUAGCGACGGGGGGACCAGGCCCCGGGCGGCCAGCCUGGCGCGAGGAAGAUGCUCGAGGUGCUGGUGCUGAAGGUGGAAGAUCCAGGUUGCUUCUGGGUUAUUAUAAAAGGAUGUAGUCCCUUUUUAGAUCAUGAACUUGACUAUCAAAAACUAAAUAAUGCCAUGAAUGACUUCUAUAAUAGCAUGUGUCAAGAUACAGAAAUAAAGCCACUAAUGCUGGAAGAAGGGCAGGUCUGUGUGGUUUAUUGUCAGGAACUAAGGUGCUGGUGCAGGGCUGUUAUUAAGUCCAUCGUGUCUUCAGCGGACCAUUACCUGGCAGAUUGUUUCCUUGUGGACUUUGCCAAAUACAUUCCCGUGAAAUCCAAAAACAUCCGAGUUGCAGUGGAGACGUUUAUGCAGCUUCCUUACAGAGCAAAAAAAUUCAGACUAUACUGCACAAAACCUGUCACGUUGCACGUUGACUUCCGGGAAGAUAAUGCUGAGCUUGUACCCUCCAAGAAGUGGGACAGUGCGGCUAUUCAGUACUUUCAGAAUAUCCUAAAAGCAACUACCCAGGUGGAAGCCAAAUUGUGUGCAGUGGAAGAAGAUACUUUUGAUGUUUACCUUUAUGUGACUAUGAAAAAUGAAAAGCUGCCCCAAGGCAUACGGAGUUUCCGGGCCAAGGAUCAGGUUUGUGUUAAUGACGAUCUGGUUGCAAAGAACUUUGCUUGUUACGUAUCGCCCAUGGAGAAUCAAAACCUCGAUUCUUUAAAGAAACCAAGAUUGAAUAUAAAGUCAGCAUCCUUUUCCAGUAAACUCAACCCGGCACUUACUCUUUGGCCGAUGUUUUUGCAAGGAAAAGAUUCUCAAGGGAUGGAAAAUUCACAUGGUUUAACUUUUCUGGCGAAGUCUCUCCAGCAUCCGUGGCCCAAGGGUGUGAGUGACCUCAGGCCAACCUCUAGGAUCUUGGAUAAAGCUGUAAAAUGUAAUAUGGAUCCAUUGGGAAGUUCAUCUAAAAAAAAAUCUGAAAAGAAACAGCAGUGCAUCUCUUUAAAAGAUGUAAAUAAGUGUGUUGAAUCUUCAGUGUACUGGCCAACACAAAGGGACAUAACCAUAUACGCCGAUCCAGAUAUACCAGUGACAAGUGCUUUAUGUCAGAAGUCAAAUGAGAAACCACUUAGAUCGGCUGAGAAGAAAGAAUACAAUGAGAAGAACGGCUGUGUGAAAUUAUUGCAGUUUUUAAAUCCUGAUCCUUUGAAAACGGAUGGAAUCUCUGAUCUGCAGCAGUUGCAGAAGCUGAAGUCGGGCUCCCGGCAGCCCUUGGUGGUUCUGCGGAACAGGGUGGAGCCCUGCUUGUCUGUUGACAUGGCGCCGCUCUCAGCCGACGUGAAAAAGGCUCUUCAGAAGAAUAAGUUUCCGGGCCCCAACCACACUGAAUCUUACUCUUGGCCUCCCAUAGCUCGUGGCUACGACGUGGUGGUCAUUUCUCACGGCGGAAAUGAUCCUUUGUUGUACCUUCCUCCACUGCUGACGAUUUUGCAAACUGGGGGCUGCUACAAGUCCUUACCAAGUAGAAACGGACCUCUGGCAGUCAUCGUGUGCCCCAGGUGGAAGAAGGCCCAGUUUAUUUUUGAAUUAUUGGGAGACUAUAGCAUGUGCUCCAAGCCUCUUCACCCCGUGUUGUUAACAAUCGGACUCCACAAAGACGAAGCCAAAAACAUGAAGCUUCCCAGGGGGUGCGAUGUAAUCGUUACCACAGCACAUAGCCUCCUGAGACUUCUCCAGUAUCAAAGCUUGUUAUUUCUUCGACUCUGUCACCUAAUUUUAGAUGAGGUGGAAGUUUUAUUCUCUGAAGCUAAUGAACAAAUGUUUGCUAUAUUAGAGAACUUUAAAAAAAAUAUCGAAGUUGAAGAAAGGGAAUCUGCCCCACAUCAGAUCGUCGCAGUUGGAGUUCAUUGGAACAGACACAUAGAGCAUUUAAUCAAAGAGUUCAUGAAUGACCCCUACGUUGUGAUCACAGCCAUGGAAGAGGCUGCCCUGUAUGGCAGCGUCCAGCAGGUAGUACAUCUUUGCCUGGAAUGUGAAAAAACCUCCACUUUACUCCAAACCCUUGAUUUCGUUCCACGUCAGGCCCAAAAGACCUUAAUCUUCACCUGUUCUGUCGCUGAAACAGAGAUGGUGUGUAAGGUAGUAGAGAGUAGUUCCAUAUUUUGCUUGAAAAUGCAUAAAGAACUGGUUUUUAAUUUGAAAAGUGUCUUAGAACAGUGGAAGAAGAAGUUAAGUUGUGGCUCUCACAUUGUUUUAGCCUUAACAGAUGACUGCACACCCCUCCUGGCCAUCACUGAUGCCACGUGUGUGAUUCACUUCAGCUUUCCUGCCUCACCAAAAAUUUUUGGUGGACGCCUGUAUUGCAUGUCUGAUCAUUUUCAGAGUUUAACUGAGCAGGGUCCUCCUGCAGAACAGGGAGAUAAAAAAACCAAAUCUGUCUUGCUGCUGACGGAGAAAAAUGCCUGCCAUGCAGUUGGUGUCCUGCGCUAUUUGGAGCGAGCAGAUGCCAAGAUUCCUUCAGAGCUGUAUGAGUUUACUGCAGGGGUUCUGGAAGCCAAAGAAGAUAAAAAAGCCAGAAGCCCUCUUUGUCCAUAUCUUAAGGCUUUGGGUUUUUGCAAAGACAAAAGGACCUGUCCUGAUCGACACCAUGUCAAUCCAGAAGUAGACAUGCCAAGGAAAUUAUCCAACCAAACACUGCCAGUGUGUGGAUACGUAAAAGUAAUACCCUUUUACAUUUUAAAUGCCACCAAUUACCUUGGUCGUAUAGUUGAUAAACAUGUGGAUCUUUAUGCAACUCUUAGUGUGGAAAUGAAAGAGUAUUUUGAGGAUCCCAGUAAUACAACAGCUGUUGAAAAGGUGGAGAAAUUUGGAUUAUAUGGAUUAGCAGAAAAAACAGUCUUUCACAGGGUUCAGGUGUUGGAGAUGAGCCAAAAACAAGACCCCUGGGCCCUGAAUACUGUCCUGGUGAAGUUUAUAGAUGAAGGCAGGACUGGACUCGCCGCAAGAGACCAACUGCUGCAUCUCCCAGAGUGCUUCCACACUCUGCCCCCGCAAGCCGUGGAGCUCAUCGUCUGCAGAGUGAAACCCGCUGACGAUGAAAUCGAAUGGAAUCCGAAAGUCACUAGAUACAUUCAUCAUAAAAUUAUUGGAAAACUGCAUGAUGCAAAAGUGAUGUUGGCUUUAGGAAAUACAGUUUGGAUUGAUCCAAUGGUGCACAUUACAAAACUUUCAAACUUGAAAACUUCUGUCAUUGAUUAUAAUGUUCGAGCUGAAAUUUUGUCAACGGGAAUGGGCAUCGAUAACCCUGAACAUGUACAGCAACUGAAAAAAUUAUACCAAGACGCUAAGAUGCCAACGUUGGAAGACAGCCUAAGCCAAAAUCUGAUGCCGCCUUCAGCAGCUGAUGCUGUUGGUCCGCAGAGCACAGGGCCAGAGAGAGGUGCCGACUCCGAGACAGACUCAGAAAACCAAAAGCAGGAAGCUUUACCUGAAAACCCUGGCGAUGCUUCCAGCAACAAAACUGCAGAGCCUCCGAAAAGCUUCCACCCACAAAUAAAGUGGUUCCAGAAAGAGGACGUGGUCAUACUGAAGAUAAAAAUAAGGAAUGUAAAAGAUUACAGAUGUAAAUACUUUAGAGACAGAGUGGUUUUCAGUGCCUGGGUGGGAGAGAAACUGUACUUGGCUGAUAUGGAGCUGCAGGCCAGCAUCAUUAAAGACGACUGCAAAUGCAUAAUUAAAAACGAUGAACCGAUCAUCACUCUUGCAAAAGAGAAAAGGGAGCCUUGGUGCGGCUUGCUCAAACAGAGGAAUCCUAACGUGGCUUUUGAUUUUGACCACUGGGAAGACUGUGACGAGGAUAAAGAGGAGAGCCACUUUUGCACGGUUGUAAAUUCUAAAAACCCGUCUUGCCAAGUGGCAGAGGUGGUUGAGACCAGUGACAGAUCUUCGGAGGAAGAUGCCAGUGACAGUGAAUGAGAAUGGGAAUCGCAACGUGCACCGCGGCCGGAGGACUCUGAACAGGAGCGGACACGGCUCUGUGACUGAGGCUGAGGAGCUGGGCAGUCACGCACAAACCUUUUGUCACCUCAGAAAGUAUGACUGAGUGUCACCUUGUGGUGCUGGGAUUAGUAGGGAUGAGAAAUUCUUGAGUGUUUGAAAAGCAGGCUGAUGAUGAGACUGGAAGGAAGCGGGAGGCAGAGGCCCAAACACGGCCCAGCCCUGCGCCUCUCGUUUGAAGCCUGCCUGGGCACCCCGUGGAAUUUGGGUAAAGACUCGCACUGUUGGGUGUUAGGGUUUUUUUGUUGUUGUUGCUGUUCCUCUUCAUUGAGACCUGUGUUUGGCACCUUCUUAAACUCCGCUCUCGGGCGUAUGGAUGGAGGUUUGUGACAAUUCAUGCUCAGUGCAGCUUAACAGGCCUCUUCAAGCGGGAGGUGGCUGGAAUCGGGCAUAGCUGUCCUGCGCCAGCGCUCCCACUGUGCUCUGGAUGUUGACAGCCACCCAGGGCGAGGUUGCGUCUUGUCAGGAGAUAGUCCGAGGAUGGGGAGGGGGUUGCCUCGGCAGUGGCAGCCUGACCCAGGGCUUUCUGGAAGUAAAGCGAGUGCUUCUGCAGAUCCCUCUGCGCCUGCGGAAUCCUGGGCAAGCAGGGCACAGGUUCUCGCCUGUGGACACAGAAAAGGACGUGUGGGGUGCCUGGAGGUGACCCGCAGCACACCUGAACGUGGUGAGCCCUGAACACCUCAGGACCCCAUCCCGGGGUGAGGCUGUGGUGCCCAGGGUCACGAGGUCAUCAGGAAAGGUGUAUUGUCCUUUCCGCUUAAGUGUGGGAACACCCCGAGCCUGACUUCACAUUAACUGAGCAAGUUAGAAAGAGCAGCUGUUGGGAAGGUUACAGCCUGCAUGUGCUGCUUCAGUGCGCACUUGGAGGCUUUGCCUAGAGGUGGAAAAGAACGCUGAUUGGGUCCGACUAUUGGGAUGGACCCCAAGAUCUUUGUUCUUCUUCUCUUUUUUUUUGUCUUUUUGCCUUUUCUAGGGCCUCUUCCCGCGAGUCUUUGUUCUUUUUAUACAUCAGAAAGCACCUGCCCAAAUCCAUGUAUAUCUCGGGUCUAAGCUACCACCUUGAGUGGGCAGUAAACUCAUGUCAUGUCCCAUGAGCAGGUGUGGGUCACCCCUGGCUCUCAGUUUCCUCAUCUGUAAACAAAACAAAACAAACAAACAAACAAAAAAACCAAAAACAGCAGUUCUACUCCUCGUGGGGUCUGGCCUUGGGCGGCGAGGGGUGGGAGUGGUGCUGCUGGGCUGGGUGAGGCCACUGCCCUCUGGUGGGUGGACGUGGCGUCCAGCCUGGACAGCUGCCGGGAGUGCGUCCUUGCCGCUGCCGACUCCCGUGGGUUGCAGCCUCUGGCAGAUGGGCACUUGCAGCAUACGUACGGUGAAUGAUGUUCCUUUUUCUUGGCUAAAUUGGGCAAGCUCUUCGGGAAAUGUGAAGGUCCCGUGUCUUUGCCAGCAAAGGUUCUGAUUCUCUGAAGCUCUUGUAAUGUCAGGUAUGUCUGUAGAUAAAGCUUUGCUCCCACGGGGGAGGCCUCCAAGCUGCUCUGCUCUCCCUGUACGCUGGCUCCUGUUGUCUCUUUCAUAAAAUGUAGCAAAUAACAGCAAACAGUAGAGCGCACAGGUGUGUUCCCCACGUAUGCAUGUGGGGGUCCUGCUGCACAGGUGUGUUCCCCAUGUACGAGUGUGGGGGUCCUGCUCUCAAAGAGGAUGCAGGGCCGAUUCCCUCGCGUGGCUCGCCAAGAGCUAAAUGAAAGUGCUGGGCAGAGGAGGGCUGCAUGUUUAAAUCUCCAUUACUUUUUUCAGAUGCUUAAAUUUACGGCUGAAGUUCUAACAUUUGGUAAAACAUAGCACACUGACUUGUGAAAUGUAAACAAUUUCUAAUUUUUUUUGUUGUCUACUAUUAAUAUGCACUGAUUUGGUUUUGGGGGGAAAUUUCUGAAAUGCAAGGUAAAAGUACUUUCUGUGCUUCUAAAAUUGCUCACCUCCUUAGUUGUGUGGAGGUCUGUUGCAGCAUAUCAAUAAAAGUUCAGUGUUUUCAUGG